CUGUAGAAUGACAAUUUACUACCGUCGUUCAGCCAUAAUCCUUCUUAAUUCUCUGUAAAUAACGUUCUAUUGGAGAGUACUUUGGUCAUUUGAUAUGUAGACGGCUCGACAAUAAAAUAAAGAGGAAACCUUUACCUUCUCUUUCUUCUUCUCAUUCGUUAGAAAACACGCACUUACACUCUGGAGUGGUGUCGUAAUCUGGCCAUGGAGAUGAAUAAACAGAGCUCAAAAGCUCUGGAAGAAACGGAAAUGGGGAAUUUGAAGCCUAACAAGGAAGAAGAAGUGCUAGAGAAAAUUGGGAAAAAUGAUGAACAGAUUCGAGGAAGUAGUUAUUCUACAGUUCAGAAAACUUCAAUUGGAGUAGCAAAAGAAUCAAAAGAUUCUGAAUUUGAAGUUCUUCCGUCCGCACAAAUAUCGGAGAGUGAUGUCCAAUCCAAUUUUAGUUUCUCCUCUGAACAUCUCUCCGAGGUGCCGGUGAAAUAUACUCUGCAACCGCUAGUCUCGGAUGAUGAAUUAAAGGAUCAAGUAAGAGUAACCCUCAAGGAACAUUUGAUUGGUAAUACUGGUCAAUCUGCCCAUGUUGAGACACACAAUCAGAUAACGUUACCUGAUGGUCCGUCCAAGUUGAGUCUCUCCCCAACUUCCGUUCGAGAGAGCAUUUCGCCAGGUCCAAGUUCGGCUUUACAAGAAAGAAAAUUGUCACCUACAGAGAACGGAAACAACUCAUGUCUGGCAGAACAGGACAGGCAGAAUUCUUCAAACCCAAAACUGUUAUCCGCACCAAAGCCGAAGACAUCUGCUGAUGGGUACAAUUGGCGAAAAUAUGGUCAAAAACAAGUAAAGAGUCCUGAAGGUUCUCGGAGCUAUUACAGAUGCACAUUUUCUGACUGUCAUGCCAAAAAGAUUGAGUUCUGUGAUCAGUUUGGCAAUGUCAUUGAGAUUGUGUACAGAGAUCACCACAAUCAUGAUCCGCCUCAAAAAGUAAAUUGCAACAGGGAAAGCAGGCAUGCGUUACCAGUUGUGCCAGCCAAUGGGAGUGACAAUGCAGCUUGUCCAGUAAAUGCUAUUAAUGAUUCCGACAUGGAAAAACCUGUAAUGGAGAUGGCGCAGUUACCUGAGACAAAUCGGCAGGACGCAACUAAUUCUGAUGAGAUCGUGGAAAUUAGUACCAAGGAAGAACAUGUUAAUGAAGUUGAACAUAAAAAAAGGCAGGAGAAGAGUGUCACCAGUGAUAUGUUAACCAUCGCCAAACCUGGAAAGAAACCUAAAACUGUUGUUGAAGAGGCUGGUGAUGUGGGGAUAUCAGGAGAUGGCUACAGAUGGCGCAAGUAUGGACAGAAGAUGGUGAAAGGGAACGUUCACCCAAGGAACUACUACAGAUGUACAUCAGCUGGAUGUCCUGUUCGAAAGCACAUUGAAAGGGCAACAGAUAGUUCAAGUGCAGUAAUAGUAUCAUACACAGGAGAACAUGAUCACGACAUGCCAGUUCCAAAGAAAACUCGUGGGCCAACGAGCGAUUCUCUUGUUGCUACUGCUUCUCCUGGUCCCAUGAACAAUUUGCAAAUUUCUGAAACUGAAGUAUAACUGAAUAAGAAAUCUACUAAAAGUUUGGGCAUUGAAUCUGGGUGAGAGAGAAAAGUGGGAUCUGAUCAAAAGUGAAUGUGCGCUUCAAAGUGGGUGAACACCACUGGAAGAGUAGAUUAUUGAUGCAACUCUCUUAAUGGAAGUACGUAACUUCAAAUAAUCUUAUUUGAUUCUUUGCUCUUUCUUUUUCCUUGUAUUUUUAAUUUUUUUAGCUUUAGAAUCGGUAAUUCGGAAUAGGUUGGUUGUUGUGGUAGUGCUUGAAACUGAUUUUGGUUGACUUUGUACACAUUAUCGUGGAUCAAAUGAAUUAGGUGUUUUUGACCAAAGGUA